AAAGAAGAAGAAGCAGAAACCGUUUACUUCCGUGUCAGAUGUUCUUCUUCGCCCCGUAGCUUGCUAACUAGCAGCAUCUGCAUCGUAGUGGAGUCUGUGAACCUACAUCUAUUGCUGCAACCCUAACGGUCCAAAUGGAUUAUACUGCAACUCAAAGUGGGUUCAGACAGCGUAAGUUACAGCCUAAUAUGCAUAUGGGAAACAGCUCAAUGGACGGUACAGAUGGCAGCCAGCUGUUUGAGGAUACGAGUGGAGUUGCAGCGGGACCACAGGCAGGAUACAGUAACCAGCAGGCUGGGCUUCAAGCAGCAGGAUUCUCCGGCCAGUCCCUCCUGUCAGACCCAAUGUCUAACCUGGCGAUGGCUUAUGGCAGCUCACUGGCCUCCCAGGGGAGGGAAAUGGUGGACAAGAAUCUGGACCGGUUCAUUCCAAUUUCUAAGCUGAAAUAUUACUUUGCCGUGGAUACUGUGUACGUGGGGAAGAAGCUGGGCCUUCUUGUUUUCCCUUACAUGCAUGAGAACUGGGAGGUGAGCUACCAGCAGGACACUCCUGUGGCUCCGCGCUUCGAUGUGAACGCUCCUGAUCUCUACAUUCCCGCCAUGGCCUUCAUCACAUACAUCCUGGUGGCUGGACUUGCCCUCGGCACACAGAACAAGUUUUCCCCGGAGCUGCUGGGAGUUCAGGCCAGCUCGGCGUUGGUGUGGCUGAUCAUGGAGGUCCUGGCAGUCCUACUGUCUCUCUACCUGGUGACCGUCAACACUGACCUCACCACCAUUGACCUGCUGGCCUUUUCUGGAUACAAAUACGUUGGGAUGAUCGUAGGCGUUGUGUCAGGCCUGUUGUUCGGUCGGCCAGCGUACUAUCUCUCUCUGCUGUGGUGCUGCGCUGCCAUCUUUGUCUUCAUGAUCCGAACCCUACGUCUGAAGCUGUUAUCGGAGGCGGCGGCGGAGGGGAGGCAGGUGAGAGGAUCCAGAAACCAGCUGAGGAUGUACCUCACCAUGUCUAUAGCAGGAGCUCAGCCCCUCUUCAUGUUCUGGCUCACCUACCACCUGAUCAGAUAAAACCCACACACUCAUUUGUAAUAGAUGGACUUUGCUGUCUGAACUCCAUAUCACCGCCCGUAGAAACACACACACAUCAGAGGAGCUGGACUUGGAUGUAACCCACAACGGCCCACAGCUUUUUGGAUAAUAAGACCCACUCCAUGUAUGCAUGGAGCUGAACAACACAUGCUAAAAGACGAUUAAGAGAAGAUGUGAGGCGUUACUGUCUCUCCUCUCACAGCACAGUCCUGUGUCAUUCGAAAAUUGUUGCCUUUUUUUUUGUCCUUUUAUAUGUCAUGUCUUCAAAAUUGUGUAGCAAAAGUGGCUUUAUGUUGGGUUUUUCUGUGUAAUUAUUUGUUGAUUAUGUUUGUUUAGGUUUAUUUAUGGAUGUGAAUAGCAAAAGUAUUAUCACGGCGGAUGCUGGUCUGAUAUCGCAUGUAAUUUUUCUGAGCCGACUCGAAGAAAGCACACUAACCGUCCAUGGAAUGACAAGAAGAUUCAAAUAACCUUUUCACAGCGCCUAAUGUUUAUAUUGCGGCUGAGAGAAAAACCUUUCAUCAUCUGGAACCGAGGGUUAUCUAACUGGUGUCACUGGGUGCCGUAGCACCUCUGUUUUAAUCUUUUUGUAUGUGCUUUGAUACAUGUAUGAUCUUUGCUGCCUGACAACUGUUGAAUAGAAAUAUCAACUGUGUGUAAGCCACGACUUUAAGGUGCAGACCUUGCAAUGUCGAGUUGACUUUGAUAUCCUUUUUAAAAACUAAGUAAAUGAUUUACUGCUUUUCAUAUUGAAAGUCUGGUGUUAUAAAGGGAAGAGAUGAGAUGGUCUGUCCUGUGAAAAUGUGUUGACUUGAAAUACUUUCAUGUGCUUUAAUGUAAAUCACCUUAAGUGUCAGCUUUUUUAUGUUGCCAAUGUUUACUCAAACCAAGGUAGGAUUUAUAAACAUUCAAAUUAAUUCAGGAAACUAUUAACAAUUCAGGAUCUUUGCAAUUCAGUUGACAUUUCUGAUGAUGAAACGGUUUUGUCAAUAGACUGAGGUGCCAAUAAAACAUUUUUCCAAAUAUUUUGACAAUGUUAAUUCAAACCGGAUAACUGAAAUUGUAGCAUCUUGUUAUAAAUGACUCAUUCUAUAUACAUAUAUCUGGCAAUAUACUUUCUUUUUUUAGGAUUAAUCAUAAAUGGAUCUCAUCCUCCACUAUUAAAUAGGCUGAAAGCAUACGACCUAUCAAAUCAAGCCAUUGAAAUGAUAUGACGAUUGGACAAAUUAAUAAAGUCAAACUGAUGGAG